AGCAAAUUGGCAACAUUUUCCAAGUGGCGACCUCUACACCGACGCUUGCUAAACGCCGCGCCGGUUGAAGCGCCCCAAGCCCGCCAUAAUUCUCUUUUUACCAGUUCCGGUAUCGGUAUAAACAAUUUCUUGGGAAUAUUCCGUUAGCUAAUAAUCAAAUUAUCUAAAAUGUCAGACGACGGAUCAACAGUGGUCGAGAAGAAGGGACGCGGCAGGCCUAAAGCUAAUGGAACGCAAGCGGAAGCUAAAGCAGACACAAAGAAAAGAGGCAGAUCUGCAGCAGCUCCUGCCAAACCUAAGGAAUCUAAAAAUUCAUCGGACGAUGAGCAGGCGCCAGUCGUCAAGAGGGGGAGAGGUAGACCAAAAGGAACCAAGAAGAAGGCCGUAGCUCCUAAGGCAAAAAGCGGUGAAGGCAGAGGUCGUGGCAGACCUCGUAAAGAUGCAGCCCCACCUAAGAAAGACGCCGGCUCCACCGAGGAGGAGCAGGAGGAGGACGAGGACGAGGAGGAGGGUUCCGAAGACCAGUGAACACGCACCAUCUCACUCCUAGUGUUAUUUGUGGGACACGGUAAUUCCUAUGUGCCUCCUAUGAGCAGAGCACUAUGUACAUAAUAGUGAAAACAUUAAAACUGCUUUGUCUCAUUAUCACUUUCAGAAUACUGUAAUAAAAUGUUAAUUCCAUCAUGUUAAAGUAAUAGGAACAUUCACCAUUGGCUUUAUGGAUUGCUAUAAUGAGCACAAUUUAUGAGUCUUUUGAAUGUCAUUGUCUGUUUUCACUGUUUACAUCCAUCAGACUGCAGCUCUGAGCCGUCAGGAAUUAUCGUCACACCGCAAGUCCUAUUCGAGAUUGUUCCCAAAUUUUAAUCAUGUGAGAAGAAAAAAUUAUUUAAAAUUAUAAGAUUGGUAGUGUAUUACCGUAAAGUAUUAUGUGAUUCAGUGCAUUUAUAAGAAAUAUUUUCUAAUAUAAAGUCCUCAUCUUACAUGGCUAAUAUUUGGGUUGACACUGCUCCCUAGAAACGUACAAGUCUAAGUAUACUUUGUAAGAUCAUUUUUUGUAGAUUUAUUCUUAUUGUAACAAAAGAGCAAGCUGAAUAUUUCUUACGGUUUAUGGAAAUAUUUACAUUGACAACCAUUUUUUCUGUAUGUAUAGAAGUUCAAUCUAAAACAUUGUAAUAAAUGGCAUGAGCAAACUCAGUUGAUGAAAUGAACUUUACAUAUGCCUCAUGUUCAUGUAAUGAAGUUUACAGCUUGCGCUUGUAGCUAUUUUGUAAUCUCUUGGUUUAUACUAUAAGAUGACUAAUGAUAAUUAUUCUAUUUUGUAGACAUGUUCAUUUGACCUUUUUUUAAGAUCAAGUAUUAUUUUCGAUGAAUAUUUUUUAUCCAUAAUGAAUUUGUAGAGGAUACUUUAUGAAUAGGAUGAAGUAAAUGUGUUCUAAUAAAAAUCUACAUCCGAAUAAAAUGUGAAUGUCUAUAACAUUAACUUCUUUUGACUGUAAACUUUUCUUUUUAAAUUUUUUGAUCAGCUGACUGACAGUAUUCUUUUGGAAUUAUGUGGAUGUGCGUGAAUGUACAAUUUUAGAUCAGUAUGUAAUAAAUCUAUUAAAGAAAA